GGACUUUACGAUUCCAGCCCACACUGCCACCUGGACUGUUCGAAAAGGGCAAUCCUGUUGACUCAUGCAUCGUUUAAACUAUGGGGCCGGGCUGUUGCCUGGACCCGCCUCUCCUUCCAAAUUCAACAUCUGCCAGGAAAUGCGGCGACGUAUAAAUACUGCGCUUCGCACCGAUUAUAUAUCAUAGUCUGUGAUAGUAGCACUCGGUAUCACGAUGGGCCAUCUAUCAGACAACUCCAUAAAUGACCGGGACGCGAAACGUCCUGGCGACUCAGAGCACCAACUGUCGCCACAGCCUGUGAACGACGAUCAGCGAAGUGCGAUUCACAUCAAAGACGAAGACGAUCUGGCUAUUGGAAACAAAAUGGAAACAGAUGACAAUACAAAGCUGGAGCAGCCCGCGUCACUAGGCAACUACUUUAGAGUCUUUUCGUAUACACGGGGGAAGGAUCGCGCAAUUCUCGCGAUCGCGCUGCUAUCCGCGAUUGGAUCCGGAGUGCCACUCCCUCUCAUGAACAUUGUCUUCGGGAGCCUCGUCGGCGCAUUCAAUGGGUACUUUACUGAAGGCUCAUCGGUGACGGAAAAAAAAUUCAAAUCAUCAGUGAGCAGACUAAGUUUAUAUUUUGUCUACCUCUUCAUCGGAAAGUUCGUCUUGACGUAUUUCGCCAUGUACUGCUUCCGGGUCAUUAGUCUGCGGAUCUCAGCCACUAUGCGAGAGGAAUACAUGCGAACACUUUUCGCCCAGCCCAUCAGCAAGCUUGACCAAGUGUCAAUGGGCACAGUCACCAAUACCAUCACAACUCUGUCCAAUUCGAUCCAGCAGAGCAUUUCCGAUAAGCUAGCAAUCCUGUUCCAAUCGCUGGCCCUGGUGAUUACCGCUUAUAUCAUCGCUUUCCGGUAUUCGUGGGCUUUGACUCUUGUUACCAGUGCUGCGCUUUUGUUCAUCCUGUUCGUUGCUGGUGUGACGCUUCCGCUUAUAACGAAGGCCCAGCAAGGUGUUGACAAGGCAGAUGAGAAGCAUUCGUCUAUAGCAGCCGAAGUAUUCGGCUCGAUGCGCACGGUUGUAUCACUCGGCGCAGAAGGGCGCCUUUCCGUAAAAUACGCCCUUUGGAUCGAAGAGGCACGUAAGCGAGGGCAAAGGAUGUCCAUAUUUUUCGGAGUCCAAUGUGGCUUGGCCUUCUUCGCCAUGAACUCUAGCUAUUCCUUGGCAUUCUGGUUCGGACUGAAACUGUACCGAGAGGGGCACAUAGGCACCAUCAACACUGUUAUCACAGUAUUUUUCUCGAUCAUGGUUGCACUCAGCGUUUUCGGAAGCAUCAUAUCGCCGUUGAUGAUUGUGACCAAGGCAGCCAGUGCUGCAGGUAUAUUUUUCGAAAUGCUGGAUUCAGAGAAGACAGACACCAGCGGUCUUCGUAACCCUGAUGCCUCUGCUCAGGUGGACAUCGAAAUCAGAGAUGUUUAUUUCACCUACCCUUCCCGACCGGAUACACAGGUCCUGCGAGGGCUGAAUGUUCGAUUUGAACGAGGCAAAACGACGGCGCUGGUAGGCCCGUCAGGUUCGGGGAAGAGUACAAUCGUUGCUCUACUGGAGCGAUGGUAUGAAUUGAAUACAACUGGAAAUGUCCAUGAUCAAGGAGGGAUCUUCGUGGGUGAACACAACAUCCUUGAGCUUGAUCUGAAAUGGUGGAGGUCACAAGUUGGCCUCGUACAACAAGAGCCGGUUCUGUUCAAUGAUACCAUCUUCAAUAAUGUUUCAUUCGGCUUGAUCGGUACCGAAUGGGAGCACGAAAACGUUGCAGUCAAGAAAAAGCUUAUUGAAAAUGCAUGCAGGGAAGCUUUCGCAGAGGAGUUUAUCCAACGUCUGCCAGAGGGUUAUAACACGAUGGUGGGGGAGAAUGGCACCAUGUUGAGUGGUGGCCAAAGGCAGCGCCUUGCUAUAGCCCGGAGUAUUGUGAAACAACCGACUAUCCUGAUACUCGACGAGGCAACAAGCGCGAUCGAUGUGCGCGGCGAGAGGAUAGUCCAGGCAGCCCUUGAUCGACUUUCUAGGAAUCGGACCACAAUUGUCAUUGCACACAGGCUAUCAACCAUUCGGCGAGCCGAUCGGAUCAUUGUUAUGAAGAGUGGUGUUGACAUCGAGCAAGGCACGCAUGAGGAGCUCCUGGCUAUAGAGAAUGGUGUCUAUCACAGCCUCGUCAAUGCUCAGAAAUUAGACCUUCUGGAAGAUGAGACGGGCGCUAGUGACGGUACUGAAGAGUUGAAGGAAGAGCUCAAGCCUACAGAACAUAUGAUUCAGCAUAAGCAGGAGGAUAACACGAAAGCAGAAAAGAAGAGUCGAGGGUUUUUUAAUAGCAUCGGACUGUUUCUUUAUGAACAGCGCGCGCAGUGGCAGUUUUAUCUUCCCGCAUUGCUCAGCGCGGCUGGCGCUGGAGCCGUCUUCCCACUACAGAGUUGGUUGUUUGCAAAGAUCAUUGAGGUGUUUCAGUAUACUGGCCAGAGACUGGUCCACGCAGCCAACUUUUGGGCCUUGAUGUUCUUCAUUCUCGCCCUAGGAACAGGUGUUUGUUACGGAACGCUGGGAUAUGCCGCCAGUAGAUUCUCUGCAGAAAUCUCGGCCACCUGCAGAACAGAAUACUUUCACAACAUCCUCAGCAAGCCGAUACCAUUCCAUGAUAUGACCGAGAACGCCUCUGGCUCUCUCGUUUCCCGACUGGCGACCGAUCCAAAGCAGGUCCAAGACCUGGUUGGAUUAAAUGGUGCAUUUCCGAUCAUUUCGACUUUCAGCAUGUUGGGAUGCAUUAUAAUCGCGUUUGUAUUCGGUUGGAAACUCAGUCUUGUUGCGGUACUAGCGGCGUUGCCAUGCACCUUUCUCGCUGCAUUCAUGCGUAUACGAUAUGAAAUGCAGUUUGAAGCAAUGAAUGCGGGGGUUUACGCUGAGAGUUCUCAAUUUGCAGCUGAAGCCAUAGACGCCUUUCGAACUGUCUCAGCAUUGACAAUGGAGGAUUCCAUUCUGAAUAGGUAUUCCGACCUUUUGCAACACCAACAAAACAAAGCAUUCCGAAAGGCGUGGUACGCCACCUUGAUUUUUGCUUUUUCCGACAGUAUCGAGUUGUGCGCCAUGGCACUCACAUUCUGGUACGGCGGUCAACUUCUCGCAUCUCGAGAAUAUCAACCAACAUCAUUCUUCGUUAUAUAUAUGGCAAUUAUACAAGGUGGCCAGGCAGCUGGUCAAUUCUUCAGCUUUGGAUCCAACAUUGCCCAGGCAACUGCCUCCGCCAACCGUAUGUUGGAGCUGCGGCCGAGCCGAACCGAACGAGAGCUGUGUAGUAUCGACACGAUGAAACCAGAAUCCUUGCAAUCAGGCUCGGGGGCCAGUAUUGAACUCCAGAACAUGGCAUUUAAAUAUCCUUCCCAUGAUACCCCUCUUUUCACGAGUCUCAACCUUAAGAUCGAAAGUGGCCAAUUCGUUGCUUUCGUGGGACCGUCAGGCUGUGGAAAAACCAGCGUGAUAUCUUUACUAGAGAGAUUCUACGACCCAUCCAAAGGGACUAUCUUCGUCAACGGCCAAGACAUCCAUUCCAUCGAAGCUUCCUACUACCGCCGCUCCCUAUCAUUAGUCGCCCAAGAGCCACGACUCUUCGAAGGGACCAUUCGCGACAACAUCACCCUCGGACUCGAUAGCUCAGAGUUCACUGAAGAUGACCUCAUCCGAGCAUGCCAAGAUGCAGAGAUUCACGAUUUCAUCACCUCCCUCCCAGAAGGAUACUCGACUGACCUCGGACUCAAAGCCCAGGCAUCUCUCAGCGGAGGCCAACGACAACGACUGUGUAUUGCACGGGCGCUUUUGCGCAAACCGUCUCUUCUUCUACUAGAUGAGGCAACUUCAAGUCUUGACUCCCAAUCCGAAAAGGUGGUGCAGGCAGCCCUUGAGCGUCUCGCCGCGAAAAGAUGUAUCACGAUCGUUGCGGUCGCUCAUCGACUAGCUACCAUCCAGAAAGCGGAUACGAUUUUUGUUUUUGGUGAGAGCCAGACUGGGAACGGAUCUCGGAUUGUUGAGCAGGGGUCGCAUCAGGAGUUGUUGCGGAGUCGAGGGAUGUAUUGGCAGAUGUGUCAAGGAAGUGGCCUAGACAGCUAA